GGAGGAGGAGGAGGAGGGUUCUUUUUCUUUUUUUUCUGAGUCAACGCUGUUAGCUGGUGGCUGCUUCAAUCAGAGGGAAGGCAGAGAGAGGGAAGGGAGGCUCUGCAGGGAGAGAUGUAAGAUGGCAGAGCUACAAAUGUUGUUAGAGGAAGAUAUUCCGUCCGGGAAGAGAGCGCUUGUGGAGAGUUACCAAAACCUGACGAGAGUAGCCGACUACUGCGAGAGCAAUUAUGUCCAGGCCCAAGACAAGAGGAAAGCACUGGAGGAGACCAAAGCCUUCACCACCCAGUCCCUGGCCAGUGUGGCCUACCAGAUCAAUGCCUUAGCCAACAAUGUCCUGCAGCUGCUGGACAUCCAGGCCUCACAGCUGCGCCGCAUGGAGUCCUCCAUCAACCACAUCUCUCAGACGGUGGACAUCCACAAAGAGAAGGUUGCCAGGCGGGAGAUUGGGAUCCUGACCACCAACAAGAACACAGCGAGGACUCAUAAGAUCAUCGCUCCGGCCAACUUGGAGCGGCCCGUCAGGUACAUCAGGAAGCCGAUUGACUACACUGUCCUGGACGACGUUGGCCAUGGGGUGAAGUGGCUAAAAGCCAAGCAACAUGGAAACAAUCAGGCAGUCAGAGCGGGAACGCUAUCGAGGACCAAUCCGCCAACUCAGAAGCCGCCCAGUCCGCCGAUGCCAGGGCGUGGCACGCUUGGACGCAACACACCCUACAAGACGCUGGAGCCGGUGAAGCCGCCUACGGUGCCCAACGACUACAUGACCAGUCCAGCCCGACUGGGCAGCCAGCAUGGCCAGCAGAACAGCCCCGGACGCACGGCGUCGCUCAACCAGAGGCAACGCACACACAGUGGAAGCAGCGGGGGCAGCAGCAGCAGGGAGAACAGCGGCAGCAGCGGGAUCGGCAUUCCCAUCGCCGUGCCUACGCCCUCCAUCCCCAACUCUGGACCAGUCUCGCCCAUAUCUCCUCCGGGAGCACCUCCACCCCCUCCUCCUCCUCCACCUCCUCCUGCAGUACCUCCACCUGCUCCUCCCAUGGCAGGUAUGGCCCUGCCAGCACCACCUCCUCCUCCUCCUCCACCUCCAGCCAUAGCGGUGGCCUCUGGGCCUGGUCUGGGCCCCGCUCCAGUGUCCCAGUUUGGAACCAUCUCGCGGCAGAUUUCGCGGCAUAACCCUUCCAACUCCUCUGUCUCUAUGGUUUCGGCUACGGGCACCUACCGCCGGGCGCCGUCGGUCACGUCGCAGUUCUCCUUGCAGCAGCAGCAGCAGCAGCUACAGCAGCAGCAGCAGCUACAGCAGCAGCAACAACUGCUGCAGCAGCAGCCGCUUCAUAUUAACGGAGGCACUCAUGGCUAUGGCCAAAACUCAAUGUCUAUCGCACCUCCUCCUCCCCCCAUGCCCCAGCUGACUCCACAGAUACCUCUUACUGGCUUUGUGGCCAGGAUGCAAGAGAGCAUAGCAGACACUCCCACUCCACCUCCGCCUCCGCCCCCGGAUGACCUGCCCAUGUUUGACGACUCCCCUCCUCCGCCGCCUCCUCCAGUGGAUUAUGAGGACGACGCCGCCAUCGUCCACUAUGACGACCCAUAUGCCGACGGAGACCCCCAGUGGGCCCCCAAGAACUACAUAGAGAAAGUGGUGGCCAUCUACGACUACACCAAGGACAAAGAAGAUGAGCUGACGUUCAUGGAGGGCUCCAUCAUCUACGUUGUGAAGAAAAACGACGACGGCUGGUUCGAGGGCGUCUGCAACGGCUUCACCGGCUUGUUCCCCGGCAACUACGUGGAGAGCAUCAUGCACUACGCCGAGUGAAGCCACCUGGCAAUAACAAGUCCUAUUUAUUCAGUCAUAUCCUAACCUGGUGACAGACUGACAGCUGCAGCAGCAGAUGCAUAGAAAUAACCGUAUGUUUCUUCUUCUUUUUUUUUUUAAAGAAUGGUAGAAUGUUUUCUCUCUUACUGAAUGCAAAUAAUAUGAAAAGUGAUAUCUAUGUAGUGGUGUGAUAGGGAUGGGUGGGUGGCAUUUAGACAUUUUUCCUGAACAAACAUGAUCUAAUUAAAGAGUUUAAGAUGAACAGAAGAAAAGGAAAUCACCUUCAGGACAAGUAUUGGUAGAUACCGUAAGCUCAUUCCUGCUGGGAAUCUGUAAAACCGGAGACCAUCGCUCUCAUCAAGGUCCCCUAUUUUAGUCCAUACAUUAAAACAAAGACGGCUUCUUUUUAAAACACUGUAAAUUAUAUUUUAAAGAAUCAGCAUGCAAAUCUGAUGUUAUCUUAAGUUUUUUUGCCACUUUGGUUCAAUUAUGUUGUAAUUUUUUUUUAAAUUUCACUGUCGAAAUCACUGAACUUUUUACUGAAGCCGAUUGACAGACUUUUCCAUUGGAUUUUUCUUUUUUUUUUUUUUUGUACCUAAUCUUAAAAUAAAGAAAUUGAGUUUUUGUUUUUCAUGAA